GUCCCGGCUCAAUGAUUUCGUGGAAACACCGUGUUCUUGGUCAACCUCUGCCUUUUGUAUUUAUUGGUUCAUCGCCGUCCCCGAACUGAACUAGUUCUUGUGGAUAUGUCCAUGGAAGCUCCGCCGUGCUUCAAGGGGCAUGUGGUGGCCCUGCCUUUCCCCACCACAGGCCACGUCAACCCCAUGAUGAAUCUCUGCAAAUUUCUCGCUUCAAGAACCGCCGAUGUUUUCAUAACCUUCGUCGUCACUGAAGAGUGGCUCCGCGGCAUCGAAUCUUACCCCAAGCCACACACUAUUCGCUUCGCCACCAUCCCCAACGUUGUCCCUUCGGAGAGCAAGAUACUCGACGAUAUGCUUCUCUUCUCUCGAUCAAUCAUGACAGGGAUGAGGGCCGCAUUUGAGCAGCUACUCGAUCGACUUGAGCCGCCGCCGACUGUCCUCCUCUCUGAUGUUGAAUUGAAGUGGCCGACCGCCGUGGCAAGCCAGAGGGAUAUUCCGGUGGCUUUGUUAUGGACUAUGUCGGCAUCGUUCUUCUGCACGUACCGUCAGCUGGAUAUCUUGGCCCCCGCCCCUGACCGGCGUCUGACCGUUGAUCUUUUGGAUGAGCAAGCUGAUUAUAUUCAGGGAACCGCUUCCUCACAACCCAUUCAUCUUCGAAAGCUCGUUCACGAAAGGGAUCUGGAACUUUUUAAGAGGGCCUUGGAUUGCAUGCCAGCGGCAGCCAAAACAGAUUAUCUCCUCAUCAAUACGAUCCAAGAGCUGGAAGCUGAACAGAUAAAUUAUCUCAAAGCUAAAUUCAACUUUCGUGUCUAUCCUAUUGGCCCUGCCAUACCCUUUACAGAACUCGGAUCACCGAGUGAUUCAUCGGCGACAGCGACCGAGCUUGACCAUAUUUUAAAGUGGUUAGAUUCUCAGCCAAAUAUGUCAGUAUUGUACAUCUCUAUGGGUAGUCUGUUUUCAAUGUCUCGCCCCCAGGCGGAAGAACUUGCUUCCGCUUUAAAAACCAGUGGCGUCCGUUUUCUGUGGGCGUGUCGUUCAGAUGCAGAGUGGCUGAAAGAGAAAUGUGGGGAUAAGGGUUUGGUGGUGCCAUGGUGUGACCAGUUGAAGGUGUUGUGGCACAGUUCUAUAGCGGCCUUUUGGAGCCAUGGUGGAUGGAAUUCAACUGUGGAAGCUUGCUUUGCUGGUGUGCCAAUUCUGGGAUUUCCAUUUUUUCUGGAUCAGUUCUCGAAUUGCAGGCAAAUCGUGGAAGGAUGGAAGAAUGGGUGGAAGGUGAGUGAUGAGAUAUCAGAGGAAUAUUUGAGGAAAGAAAAGAUACUGGAAUUGAUUAAGAUGAUGAUGGACGUGGAAAGUGAAGAGGGGAAGGAAAUAAGAGACAAGGCAAGACAAGUUAAGAUCCUUUGUGGGCGAUCCACUGCCAAAGGUGGUUCCCUUGAGAAGAACCUGUAUGCUUUUGUGGAAGACAUUGUGGGGGGCUCCCCUGCCUCCGUUCGUGCUAACCACUGGCCCACUUCUUAAUUAAUUCUUACGCUUAGCGUCUUCUCGUCUAAUCAUUUAAUAAAUGUUGCGAAAUGGGAAAAUCAAUGAGAAAAACGUACGAUAUGGAUAUGUCUGGCAAAUGGCAUGAAGAUUUGUAUUAUUGCUGUCUCUUUGUAAUCCAAUAUCUUAUACAUGCAUUUGGCCCAAAACAUAUACAUACGCUGUGUCUGCAACUGCAUUUUUAGUGAGAGGCUGAGUAUUGUGAAGUAUAUAGAGGCUUCACCACUUUAACGGAUUA